AUGUCUUCACCUUAUGCAUAUCUUAAACCUAGUCUUCAUGAACUCGAAGAAGAUUGUGAACGUAACAUACUACCUUCAAAGACAGCGAUCGAUCUUACAUACGCAGCUUUUGCAAUGUAUAGCGGAAAUACUGGUUCUGCCAAUCAUCACCCGCCUUCAUAUCCAGGCUAUCCACCAGCUCAGUCAGACGUUCAUGCUAUGCCUAUGCCCGUAAUUCCACAAAGUCAUUACUCGUCAACGCGUCUAAAUAAUCCCCCGAUUGACGUUUCAUCAGAUAUUUCCACAUUUUUGGGAAUAUUACGCGGUAAAACUUCCGACGACCUUCAAACCCUUUUACACAAUGAAAGUAAGAUAAUUUCUAUGAUUGGUGAAUCAGAUCAGGUUCGGAAAAUGAAGUCGACUAUUCAAACUUCAACAGCAAGAAAUCAAAGCUUAGCCGACUACAACUUAAAAAGGAAACCCGACCUUGAGAGUCGUAUCAAUAGUUUGAAACAAGUUCUGGAAAAGUACAAAACACUACGCGAUGAAUACGCACAGAAAGUACAACUUCUCGGGAAUUACCGUAUAGAUUUAGACACAAUCUCUGCUCUUAUGAAAGCAUCUGUUGCUCAAAAUGAAGAAGAAGCAGAAACGCUAGCAGAUGAAUUUAUGGAUAGGAAGAUAUCUGUUGAAAAUUUCGUCAAUGAAUUCUUAGAAAAGCGAAAAGAAGCCCACUUACGGAUAGCAAAAUCUGAGAAUUUAAUAAAUAUUAUCUCCCAAAGUGGUUCUCAGGCUAAUUGGAAAAUGAUUAUGGCAUUUUCUAUCAAAUACACCUAG